AUGUCGAAGGAGAGUGGGAAUGCGUCUGUGGUAUACACACGACACAGACCAGCUAUCCAACGUCUACUCAUCACCUGCUUCGUCGCCUACACACUCCGCACAAGCUACACAACAUUCCGCUACCCAGCACGGCCAAAGCAGAAAAAAGAUGGAAAAGAGCGUGUGCAGAUCGACGCUCUCUUCUAUUCACGUCUGUCCCGGCUGCUGAAGAUCCUCAUUCCUUCUUGGAAUAGCAAGGAAGCGCUCUUACUCGCCAUGCACUCCUCAUUCCUCCUCCUACGUACCGUCAUCUCCUUGUACGUAGCAACCCUCGACGGGCGCAUAGUCUCCUCCCUCGUCCGUGCCCAACCAAAACAGUUCCUUCUAAACAUUGCAAAAUGGAUGGCAGUCGCCGUUCCUGCAACGUACACAAAUAGCAUGCUUUCCUACGUGCAGAGCAAGCUUGCGAUCGCGUACAGGACGAGGUUGACGCGGGAGGUGAUGGACCUCUACCUGGGGAAGGAGGGCGAGUCUUCACAAGCAUUUUACCAGCUUGCAAACCUAGACGACAGGACCUCCGACGCAGACCAACUCAUCACACUGGAUAUCCAGCAGUUCUCCACCGCCCUCGCAGCGAUAUACGGAAACACCGCCAAACCGGUACUCGAUGUCAUAUUAUACAACUACCAGUUGUCGAGGAACGUCGGCGCGGAGGGGCUGGUCCUUCUCACCGUGCUAGUGCAGUCCAGCGCUGCUCUGCUCCGAGCCCUCACACCCUCCUUUGGCGCCCUAGCAGCACAAGAAUCCCAGCUCUCCGGCACCCUUCGCACAACCCACUCCCGCAUCCUAGCUUGGGCCGAAGAGAUCGCCUUCCUCUCCGGGGAAACUCUCGAGAAACUCAAACUCGACCGCGCGUAUUUCUCCCUCCUUACGCACGCCGCCCACUCCCUGCAGGUCAGGGCCGCGCACGCAAUGCUCGAGGAGGGCGUGGUAAAGUGGCUCUGGGGAGCGGUGGGCAUGUGCAUAUGUGCGAUUCCGGUGUUCUUUAACCUUGGUGCGGGCGGGCGGGGAAUGGGAGAGAGGACAGAGGGGUUUGUCACUAACCGCAGACUGCUGUUAAGUGCGAGUGACGCAUUCGGCCGGGUGCUGUACUCCUAUAAAGAACUAUCCGAACUAGCAGGCUACACAGCCCGCGUCUCCCAACUCCUCGACACGCUCCACUCCGUCCGCUCAGGCCACUUUGAAAAACGUCUCUCAGCAACAGCGGACACCUCCCUUUUCGAACAGCGCGGCACGGUAGAAGAAUCAGACGAGAUCGAGUUCCGUGACGUGCCUAUCGUUAGCCCCGCCGGGGAAGUCCUAGUCCGGAAGCUGACAUUUCACGUCAAGCCUGGUCAACAUCUACUCAUAGUAGGCCCCAACGGAUGCGGCAAGUCCUCUACGUUCCGUAUCCUAGGCGGGCUCUGGCCGGCCUAUGCCGGCUUGGUCAGGAAACCGCCGCCGGGAGAGUUUACGUAUAUCCCCCAGAGACCGUAUUUGUCUUUGGGAACAUUGAGGGAUCAGGUGAUAUAUCCCCAUGGGAAGGAGGAGAUGGACGCCAAGGGGGUAACGGACGACGACCUCCUCUCUAUCCUAGCACACGUCGACCUCGAGCCUAUCGUCGCCCGUGAAGGAGGCUGGGACGCAGCGCGGGACUGGUCCACCUCCCUCUCAGGAGGUGACAAGCAACGCAUCGCCAUGGCCCGGCUGUUUUAUCACAAGCCCAAGUAUGCGAUACUUGACGAGUGUACGAGCAGCGUCACGCUCGAAGUGGAGAAACUCAUGUUUGAUCAUGUUGCUGAAUUGGGCAUCACGUUGCUGACGGUAUCACAUCGUCCAAGUCUGUGGAAGUAUCAUAAGAUGAUACUGCAGUUUGACGGGCAGGGGAACUACAUCUUUACGGAGCUCGACGCUGAAAAGCGGCUUGCCCUGCAAGAAGAGAAACAAACGCUCGAGGCGAAGCUCGAGGAAGUACCGAAGAUGCGCGCAAGGCUCGAGGAGCUCAAAGCGGUCGCGAGGGAUCGGGUUGGGUAUAAUCCCCAGCAGCCACUGGAGCUGGGGCUGUAGACUGUAGACUGUGCGCCUGCGCUGUGCUUCCUAUGCUAUACACCG